UGGAUAUACAAGAUAUUAACGAUAAUUCUCCGAAAGCUUUAGACAGAGAGAAACAAUCCACAUCCAUGGAUGAGAAUGACAACCCUUACAUAAACGAAAAUAAUCAAGCAGGGACUUCGUUAUUUUCUCCCAAAGUAUGUGGAGUGAAUUUAACGUUCCAAAAGCCACCUAAUACUGACUGGCGAUUUCCCCCAAACCAGAGGCCUGGACCCAGCGGGGCUGGAGCACGUCCUGAAGAGGCAGGUGCCGGUGCUGGUGUGAUAGCAGGAACAGGACCAUGGCCCAACCCCCCUACUGAGGCUGAACAGCUCCAGGCUAUGAUGGCAGCAGCAAACGCAAGUGAAGCCACUGCGACUCUUGGCCCUCGCUACAAUCUACAGUAUGGCCCGGAUUACCGUCAGAACGUCUACAUCCCAGGCAGCACUGCCACCCUUACAGCCAACCCUCAGCAACAGGUUCUCCAGCAGGCCCUUCCUCCACCACAGGCCCUUCCACCUACCGAAGUCCCCAAAGCGGCUCAAACACCAGCCAGUAAGAAGAAACCCACAAAGAAAGACAAGAAGUAAGACCUGUGGAAGAGCUGAAGAAACAUGUUGCCGGGAAUCUAAACAUCUAUCCUCUCAAACCAUGUUGGGUUUGGAUGAAGAUUUAAAAAGAAAAAAGUGAAUAGUAUUACUUGUUUUAGCGUUAACAUGAGACAAUAAGCAACCAAACAAGAGGAAAUGUGUUCAGAUUCCCGAAGCCCUUUCUCUGACAGAUAUCUCUGUCUUGUAAAUAGCAUACUAAAACAAGAAGAAACACAUUUCUUCUUUUUAUUUUUUCCCUCAAAUGUCACGUUUUAGGCUUUUUGUGUUCUUUUCAAAGCAAAGUAGAUGCUUAUUGUGGAUACAAAAUGAAACGCUGUUAGGCUUUUUAACAUGAUGUGCCACAACUCUCACCUUAACUGAAGAAAGGAGUAUUUAGCUGAACUAUGCAUUGCAAAGGAGAUACAAAAGGUGAACGUAUAUAUAAAGUGUUUUCCAGGUGAGAUAAUACAUGUAUAUUUGCGUAAAAAAAUCUGACGGUGAGACACUGGAUUGUCGGCAUGGUGUUUAAAAAUAGAUUCAGUCUUCUCAUUAACUUCUUAAUAGCCAGUUAAGCAGAGCUGAAUGUUAGGUUAAUGACGUUUGACUAUUCUUUGUUAUUAUUUCCUGUUGGCGUGCUAAAGAAUCCUCUGGAAAUGAAGUAAUGUAAACAGUGUUUUUUUGAUGCUGAGAAAAGAUAAUCACAGCCUUUGUAAGGUCAAUGAUUUGGGUCAAAGGAAGAAGAUCUAAAGAAGGAAACAGCAGAAAUGUGCUUGAAUGGAUCUUAGAUGGAAGGAUUUCAUGUCUGUUCAUCUGCACCUACCACCACUAUCGUGUAUAUAAAAUGUGUAACCUGUCUGUACAAACAUUAGAGCCACAAGGGCUGGCUGUUACAGGAAUGUUUCAGUAUUUUUUACAAAAAAAAAAACAACAAAAAAAGACACAAGAAAAAAAAAAGAUCCAGUGUAGUGUUUUAGGAAUAAAAGCUUCAAGUCCAUUGACUAACCAAACUGUACAUACUACGAAACUUCUGAUGACACGCAAUCGUAGCUUAAGGCUUGUGGAGUAUGUGCAUAUUUUUGUGUUUUCCCCCUCUUGAUUACACUUUACUUUCCUCUUCUCCAAUCACCUAAACCUUUGAAAGAUAACAGACAAUACUUAUACUGUCUUUGCUAUAGAGUAACACCCUUUCCCAUCUUACUGUACUUUUCUGUGCUUGUAAUUCCAAUCAGUCCUUAAUGAUACUGGAAUGCCACUCCUGUCUGUUUGACUUUGAAUAUCUAUCUAUCUAUCUAUAUAUAUAAAUGUCUGUCUGCUGCUUGGCUACUUUUUCUGUAUUUGACUGUGAUUCCUUUAAAGAAACGCUUAGCACCUCAUGUUACUCUUUUUAUUUUAUAAUCUACUAUUUAUAUCGCUGUUUGAUUUAUGUUUUACUUUAUUAUUGGAACACUUACAUUUGAAAUAAAAUUUUGUCAGAACUC